GAAUAAAAACAAACAUCAACAUUCAAGCCAUGUCAUCGCGCUGGUACCCCAUCUAUCAACGCGGCAAUCCCCAGCUGCGGGUAUUCCUGCCCAACUUCUGGAUGAAACUGGUGCGGCCGGAGGAGGCGCAGCCGCCCAAUGUGGUCACGUUUUCGGUGUCCACGGAAAUGACGAUCCACGAUGUGCGCAGCUACCUGGAGAAGAUCUACAAGCUCCCAGUGAUAGAUGUGCGCACUCGCAUCGCCCUGGGCGAGACGAGGCGGGACCAGACCUAUGGCUAUGUCACAAAGAAAGACGAUGUGAAAUACGCUUAUGUAACGCUGCCCAAAACGGAGGAAUUCACCUUUCCCGAGCUGUUCGAAAAGAAGGCCGAGAUUAAAGAGAAGGAGGAGAAGUCCAUGGACGAGUCCAAGAAUGGCUUCCGCAAGUUCCUGGAUCGCAAUAAGAAGCGCCCCGGCACGCCCGGCUGGUACUCCAUUUAGAACAUAACAUACGUUUAAGGCAUAGGAUUUAAGAUAUUUGUUGUUGCAACGGCCUAUUAAACAUUUAUUUCGAAA